AGGAGAAAAAGAAGGCAAAGAAAAAGGUAAGGAUGUGGAUGAAAGACCUGCUUACAUGGAUGACUUUGAUGAUGAUUUUGGUCAGUACAUGAAGGGUGAGCAUGAUGUAGAUCUUUUCCCUGAAGAAGAAGUUUUUACUCCAGUAGAUCCUAGCAAAAUGGAGGUAAAAACUAGAUUUGCAAAUAAGGAAGCAUUUAAGAAACAUCUCAGGGGUUAUUGUGUUCUUAAUAAGUGUCAAUAUAUUUUGGAUAGAAGUGCUCCCUCUAGAAUUAAGGCUGAGUGUAGGUUUAAAACAGAACAUGAUUGUCCUUGGUUUGUGUAUGCUAGCAAGAAAGAGGGUGAGAAGACUUUUGUUCUUAGGAAAGUGAAUUUGGAACAUAAGUGUGAAGGGGAUCCCCAAAAUAGGAAUAGAUCUGCUGAUCCUCAUUUUGUAAAGGAUUUUGUUCUUGAUCAGAUGAAGAAUAAGCCUAAAAAAGUUGUUCCAGACCCUUAUAAAAUCAAGGAAGACUUCUUAGCUGAAAAGAGAGUAAAUAUACCAUAUCAGUGUGCAUGGAAGGCUAGGAAUCUAGUUUUAGAGUCAUUAUAUGGGAACUAUAAAGAAAGUUACAAUGAAGUACCAGCAUUCUGCAAGAUGUUUACAAAAUGCAAUGAUGGGUCUGUUGCUAAGUUCACUUUUGACACAGUGAAUAACACCUUUGAAAGCAUGACACUCUCAUUUGAACCUGCAAUGAGGGGUUGGCGAAAAGCAUGCAGGGGAGUUAUAGGGCUUGAUGCCUGCCAUCUAACAGGGGAAUAUGGGGGAGUAUUGAUGGCUGCAACUGCACUUGAUGGACAGAAUGGGUUAGUAAUGUUAGGAAUUAUGGUAUGCAGAGCUGAAACAAAGGAAAAUUGGAUCAUUUUUUUGAAGCAUUUGAAGGAUGCAAUAGCACAUCCAGUGAAAGUGGCUUUCAUUUCAGAUAGGCAAAAAGGUUUAUUGGAAGCUGUUGGUAUAGUGUUCCCUGGCCAUCACCACAGAUACUGUUGGAGACAUUUAUACAAAAAUUUCAAGAAGGAUUACAAGGGUCUUGAAUUAUACAGUUCUUUAUGGAAUGCAGCAAAAGCAUACAAAGAAAAGCAUUUUCAGGAACAUUUUGACAAUAUUGUGAAACAGAGUGCUGCAGCUGGUGCUUAUCUCAGUAGAGAAGAUCCUGCUACAUGGUCCAGGGCCUUUUUUAACCCUAUUCACUGUUGUGAACAUAUGAACAACAAUUUUUCAGAGUCUUUUAACAAUAUGAUCAACAAGAUGAGAAAUAAACCAAUUAUAAUGAUAGGAAUAAUGUAUGCUAACUUAGUGAUGGGUACAUGGUACAAUAGGAGGACUGAAUCUGCAUCAUGGGUAGAUGGUAAUUUGGUUCCUACUGCUGUUACAUUGAUUAAGAAAAUGUUGGAAUUUGUGACUGACUAUGGUGUUGACCCUUGUGUGGCUGGAGAGUUAUAUAUGGUGACUAGUCCAAAGAAUUCUGUGUUCACAGUGAACAUACUUGCCAAGACUUGCUCUUGUUUGCAGUGGCAGUUGAGGGGGUUCCCCUGUAUGCAUGCAGUGAGUGCAUUGCAUAGCAUAAGGCCACAAUGGAGAAAGUACUGCAGUGAUUACUAUUCAGUGGAGAACUAUAAGGCCACAUAUGCACCAACUUUUGCACCACUAGAUGAUAAAAGUGAAUGGGUCCAGCCAAACAUGAACAAGAAGAUCUUGAACCCUCCUCACAGUAGGAAACCAGGAAGACCCAAGAGCAAGAGGGUAAGAAGUUAUGAUGAACCUCGUGUUGAGAAGACAAAAAGGAGGUGUGGGAAAUGUGGAAAUGUUACUAACCACAACAAAAGAACAUGUGCUGGUGGUGAAGUGGGAUCUAAUCCAACUGCAAAGAGGCAAAGGACUGAAUGUGAUGCACAAAGCUUCACCUUCAGCAACAUAGAGCCAAGUCAGACCACCGGAGUUAGGGGUGCAGCUAAGUCAAACAAGAAGAAGAUAACGGCAUCAUUUGUUGGUGAAUGUUUUACAGGGCCUGGCAGUCAGCCUUUGGCAACACCAUCUUCUACUCCAGCUUCCACAACACCUAUGAGUCUGCCAUCUAUAGCACCAUCUUCUACUCCACCCUCUACAAUAAAUAACCUUUAUCAGAACUUCUUUGGCAUUGGAUCUGUAUCUCAGAAUAUAAAACAAGGAAAGGGAAGGGGAAAUGGAAAGGCUAAGAAGAAAUGAUUUGAGAUCCGUUUUCUGAUUUUUUGUGUUUAAGAAGACAAUAUUUUUUUCUUUUGUAGACUUGAAUUAAUGCUGAAUCAAAAGUGGAUGGUUGUUUAUUAGUACAUUUGCAGGUUACAUUUUCAGAUUGUUGAGUUCCUUACAUAUAGCAUUAAGUUGUAAACUUGAAUGCAUAAUUCUGUUUU